UUUUGCAUCAAAACUGUGUAGACUGAUGUGCUGUUAACUGUUUACGGAACCGUGCAUUCUUCUUCAUUAACGGAACAAACAAGACGCACAGAAUCUUUCUGGGAAAAAUACCAUCUGACUCGAUUUCUGAGAAAGCAUAACUCAACGUAUAAGGCACUCUCUCGACAGCCGAUAAAGUAUUAUACAAGCAUGUCACGAUUGAUCAAGACGGUUAUACUAGGCGCGUACGCAGCAUUAAUAUACCAAUUCAUUCGAACAGUCUUCCUAACACGACACUUAGAGUUAAUCGAAAUCGACUACAUACUCGAUACAAGACCAAGCAAAUUGUUACAAAGAGAAAUGGUAAGGCGAAAACAAGUGGCCUCAGUGAUGAAUCUGCAUUUCAAGAAACUGGACAGGCUACCGACCGAUUACAAGUAUAUACUGAAAUGGACUGAUGCAUACGCGCAUUAUAUGACGCCGUUGAAAAGGAACCACCAAAAUGUUUUCGUUGAUUCCAAUUGCUCGUUCGUCAAUUGCUAUCUAACGACCGAUAGGCGUCUUCUCUCCGACGUCAGGCACUUCGAUGCUAUUUUGUUCGACGUCGAAAAUAAUUGGGACUUCCAUCCCCUAAUCAGAAGUCCUUACCAGAAGUUCGUAUUCGUUGCAAUGGAAUCAGCAGCAAGCUAUCCUUUAUGCUACAAGGGUUGGGAUAACUACUUCAACCUCACUUGGACAUACAAACUAGACUCUGAUAUCCGAUGGUCAUACAUUACUGUUCUGGACAAAAAUGGUACGGUUGUUGGUCCAAAAGUAGACAUGAAUUGGGUUGACCCAAUGGAUCCUGCUCCAGAAAGUGUGAUGAAGGUCAUAAAAGGGAAGAAUAAGACGGCAGCUUGGUUUGUCUCUCAUUGCAAGUCCAAGGGCAAGCGAGAGGAUUACGUGGAUAGGUUGCAAGCUGCUCUAAGGAAGUAUGGGUUGGAAGUUGACAUAUUUGGAUGGUGUGGAAAAUUGCAGUGCACCAAAGAUCGGCUGUCAGAUUGUCUGAAAAUCGUGGAGCAGGAAUAUUUCUUCUAUCUGGCAUUUGAGAAUUCCCUCUCGGAGGACUAUGUGACUGAGAAGCUGCUGUAUGCUGUGCAUCAUCACACUGUUCCUAUUGUUUAUGGUGGCGCUAACUACUCACGAUUCCUUCCCCCAGGUUCGUAUAUAAAUGCAAGGGAGCAUGAACCUAGAAUUGUUGCUUCUAUGAUGCAUAAGGCUAUCAACAAUCCUCAAGUUUACGAGGAUUAUUUUCGGUGGCAUAACUACUACACAUACAAGCGCUCGCCUGAAGACACUGACGUUUGCAAUCUGUGCGAGCGUCUCAACGAGCCCUUGACAUUUAGAGCUGUGAAAAACCUAAGAAAGUGGUGGCUGGAGGAUUAUGAAAAAGUUUGCAAGGUCGAAGUACUAAAAAACAACACUGAAAAGCCGUGUGACAUCGACCGCACCGUGUUCACCGUUUAUAGCGUCACACCGCACAUAGUUAUAGAAGCCACGAAGUACGAAGACGUGACAACGAUCCACCACCGAUUAUAG